AUGACGAAAAUGUCAGAUCUUUCUGUGGAUAUGGUAGGGGAGAUACUCUCUAGGGUUCAGCUAACAUCUCUGAGCGCAGUGCGAUGUAAUUGCAAAUCGUGGAACGCUUUAUCUAAGCAUCAGAUUUUUGGUAAAGAAACAUAUCAGUUUUUAGGGUUCACGGUUAUGGACUCUAAGGUUUGUUCCUUGAGAUUCAAUCUCCAAGGAAUCCGCAACGAAGAUGAUGACGGUAGUGGACAUCACCAGAAAAUUGGCAGAAGCAAGUUCGUCAAAAUUGUAGUUCCAACAUCUAUAAAGCAAAUAAGUGAACUCAACCAAGUCGAUGUCAGUAAUGAAGUCUUUCACUGCGACGACUUAUUACUAUGUAUCACCAAGGACCGAUGGUGGCUCAUGGUAUGGAACCCUUAUCUAGGGGAAAUCAGAUGGAUUCGAUUAAGACAACAAUUCAGGGCAUGUGACAAUUUUACAAUGGGAUACGACAACAAUAACCCAGAGAGAUUUGGACCGCAUCUUCCUCUGCCAUUUCACUCUUAUGAUGACGAGAUUGGAGCUGUGACUCUAUCUUGUGUCAGACAAGAGCAGCUUUCUUUGUUAUAUCAUAACUGCGAGACAGUCGAGUCAUUAGAUUUUUGGAUUACGAAUCAGGUUGAUCCCAAUGCGGUGUCUUGGAGCAAGUUUUUGAAAGUGCAUACUGGUUUUCCGAGAAACUUUGUACUUCGGAGCUUCUUCAUUGACGAAGAGAAGAAAGUCGUUGUGGUUUCCGACGAAUAUUCAUAUGUUACCAAGAAGACCGAUGUCUACCAAAAAGUUUACAUUAUUGGAGAAGAUUGA